UGCAGACGUUACUUUGACGUUGCCAUAUACAAGUCUGGCAAACACAAAAGCAGGCCGCUUCCCCCGCAAACCCCCAAACUCCUAAGCAUCGUCGCUCUUGGGCUUGUUCGGCAUGCUUGUCUGGUUGCAGCCAUCAUACCGCUGUCAACAUGGCGAUCACAGCCUCACAAGACCAUGCCUUGGUGACGACUGAGAGAGUGACCUCGGUGUUUUCUGUUCUUGGCGCCGCAUUCAUCAUUGCAACCUUUCUUUCAGACAGCAAGUUUCGGAAACCCAUCAACCGGCUGGUGUUCUAUGCAGCAUGGGGGAAUCUGUUUGCCAACGUGGCGACUCUGAUCGCGAGAUCCGGCAUCAAGUUGGGGUUAACAUCCCCAUUGUGUCAGUUCCAGGGCUUUUUGAUUCACUGGUUCCUGCCUGCUGAUGCCCUGUGGACCUUUGCCAUGGCGUGCAAUGUCUACCUCUCCUUCUUUCGACAGUACGAUGCAUCGCAACUUCGAAGCCUCGAGUGGAGGUACCUGGGAGCGUGCUAUGGCGUUCCUUUCAUUCCAGCGUUUGUGUUUCUGUUUGUCAGUUCCGGCGACAAGGGCAAAGUGUAUGGAGACGCGGUGCUCUGGUGCUGGGUCUCGACGGAAUGGAACGCGCUCCGAAUUGCCACCUUUUACGGCCCGGUUUGGCUGAUCAUUCUCGUGACCAUGUUUAUAUACGUCAAGGUAGGCGUGGUGGUCUUUCGAUGGCGCAAGCAACUCCUGUCCUUGAAUCAGAGUGAGGGCAUGGUCGGUAUUCCGUCCAAUGGCUAUGCGAUGAAUCAACUGCCGACCUCUCCUGUGUCUCCAAAAACCUACGAAGUCACCAUCAGCAGUCAAGUUCCCCAUUCACCCGAACCGAAGCAGCAGCGACAUCUGAGCUCGCCGCGGAGUACCUACCAUGAGGAUGCGUCGCCUACCAAUGCAAACCACGCACGGUUUCCUUCCAUCCAGGAAACGGCUUUUCCCCAAACGAAUACCAAUGUGGUUGUAGAGAGACCACCGAUCAGGACACUGGACGCGAACAAGGCAACUAUGAGUUACUGCAAGACGGCCAUGUUGUUCUUCCUUGCUCUCCUCUGCACAUGGGUUCCCUCUACCAUCAACCGCGUGUACACAUUGGUCCGGCCAGAUGACUCUGUCUUCGGGCUCGACUUUGCCUCGGGGUUGGUUCUUCCUCUGCAGGGAUUUUGGAACACCAUCAUCUACGUUGUUACCAGCUUGCCUGCGUGCCAAACACUCUGGGAGGAGACCAGAGCCAAUCUCUUCGGCCCCCGAGCCGGUCGUCCCGAUAGAACAACACCCGCACUCGCACUGUCCAAACACAAUCACCGAGUACUUGGCUCCCACGACACGAGAGCAGAUAUUAUGAUGAGCAUGGGCGGGAAGAAGCGAGUUGUUAGCUACAGAAAUCAGGACGAUGUUGAUAUGGGACAAGAGAUGAUGGGUUCCAGUCCGACAUUUGCACACGCCAGAUGAGAAACGAAGGAGGCCACAGUUGUAUGUAAUAUCUUGUACGCUAGUAAGGAGAAUGACCUAAAGGACUCGAGGGAUUUGGAGUCUAAUGAAUGACAAUAUCCUGGGAGAAGCGGUACUUUUGCGCAAGCCUUGUAAGGGGCCUCAACCCAUCUUCAGGAACCAAAGCAGAU